AUGGUGCGCGCGACCGCCGCGCUGCUGCUGCUGCUGCGCGACGCCGAGGCGGCCUACAUCGCCGUCGUCGGCCCCACCGGCGACGACGUCAUCGUCACGGAUCUCACGCCCGUCCGCCUGCAGCUCAACGACGACGAGUCCUACGGCCUCCUCUACGAGGACGGAGAGCUCCUGACGGAGCUGCCGCAUAAGAACUGGGUCGCCACCCAUUUCCCGCCCUGCCACGAGCCACCCAUUUCCCGCGAGACCGCCGCGAACGUCGCGCUCAAGCGGCCGCGCGCGGGCGCCGUGACGCUGACGAGCCUCAAGUGCGACGGCUCCGCGCCGGACGACUACGACGUCGCCCGGAUCGCGAGCGUCGCGGACGCGACGGACGUCGCGGGCUGCGAGGACGUCACGGGCGCCGGCGCCAAGGUCGUCGACGCGUUCCACCUGCUCGACGAGUGGGACAUGGUGCGCACGCGGUCCGCGGAGCUCGCGGGCGUCGUCGACGCGCACGUGCUCGUCGAGGCGGACCGCUUCCACGACGGCACGCCCCGCGCGGGCGCGGAGUUCUGGCGCGACGUCGCGGCCGACUGGGCGUCCCCGGGCGCCGCGCCCGUGCUCAACCUCACGGUCCGGACGUGGCCCCCCGAGGCCGGCGAGGACGACGGCGACCUCCACGACCGCGGCGAGGCCUCGCGGAACGGCGUCCUCGAGGCGCUGCGGGCCUUUGGCCCCGCGCUGGGCCUCGAGGCGACGGACGUCGUCGUGGUCUCGGACGUCGACGAGAUCCCGAACCGGGAGACCGUGCGGCGCCUCAAGGUCGCGGCGGAGUGCGACAAGCGGCGCAUCGCGCGAGGCCUCCUCCCGGUCCUCGCGACGCCCGCGUCGCUGCUCAUGAGCCACCACCACUACGCGCUCGAGUGGACGCUCGGCGGGCGCUGGGCGGGGCCCUUCGCCGCGCGGCUCGCCGACCUGCUGGGCGCGACGGCGGAGGGCGACGCCUUCGAGGGCGGCGCCGCGGUCUUCCCGGCCGAGUUCGGCGUCGGCGAGGCGCGCUACGUCCUGUGCUACGUCGCGCUCCAGUCCGCGGACGACUGGGAGCGGCCCGUCCGGGCGGCGGACAUGUUCCCGGGCCGCGACAAGUCCGGAUUCGUGGGCCCGGGCCUCGUCGCGGACUGGCAACCGCGGUCGCUCUUCGACAACGCGGGCUGGCACCUGUCCUACUUCCCGCGCGCGCCGCCGGCCGCCGAAGUCGACGAGCCCGGCCGGCUCCGCCUCGUGGCCGCGUCGCUCGAGCGCAAGCUCGCGCACCACGGCCACCGCGAGUUCAGCGACGAGCUGCUCCGCUGCGCGGGGCUGCUGGACUUCGAGCGCGACGCGGCGCGCUACGCCGCCCUGGGCCACAGCGUCCAGGAGAUCGAGCUCCGGUGCCGCGAGGACCGCGCGGCGGACGAGGGCGCGGACCUCGACGCGGGCACGACGCGCGCGUCCGUGUCGCAGUGGACGGCGUCCUACGCGCCGCGGGGCCCGGCGCCGCGGGGGCUGCCGGCCUGGCACCGGGCGCCGCCCGUCGACGUCGUCGAGUACGAGAUCUCCGUCGACGGCGCGGACCGGGACUACCGGCUCCGCGCGCGCGCGUUCGCGAACGACCGCGGCCGCGCCGGCCGGGGCAGCACAAGAGAGCGAAAUUCCCAACUUCAAAGGCUCAUAUCUCGGCCGUUUUCCACUCGCGCCGGCGACGUCGCCGAGCGGCGCGCGAUCGCCGCCGCCGCGAGCCGCGUCUGCUGCCACCUCUGGUACCACGAGCCGUUCUGCGUGGACAACGUCGCCGCGCACCUGCGCCAGUCCGCGGCGCGGCUCCACUCCGCGGGCGCGGGCGCCCGGGGCGCCGCGGAGUGCGCGCCGCGCCGCGACGUCGGCGCCUGGGCCGCGGCGGUCGUCGCCGGCGCGGCGGAGGGCGACCCGUUCGACGCCGCCGUCGCCGUCGAGGCCGCCGCGCGGGCCGCGUGCCUCGGCGAGGCCGAGUCCGGCGGCUGCUGCGCGUUCGGCCGCGUCGCCGCGGCCGCGGCCGCGGCGCUCGACGCCGCGAACGCGACGUUCCCGCCGCGCCCGGCCCUGCGCCGGCCGCCCGUGCUGCAGGACCCGGACGGCGGGUCCACGGCCUUCGCGCUCGACCCGGCCGCGCCCGCGGCCGACGCCGCGCGCGCCGCGUGCGACGCCUGGAUGGGCCCAGGCGCCGCGGAGGCCGACGCGGCGCGCUGCGCGGACGCGCUCGCGGGGGACGCGCUGCGGACGUUCCGCGAGCAGGACCGCCUCGACGCGGCGCGCGCGCGGCACGCGCCCCGGCUCUUCGCCGCGCUCGCGUCGCGGCGCGCGAACCGCGGCGGCGCCGCGGGCGGCGCGGGCCUCGCGCGGGCCGCCGCGGCGCUCCGGGGCGCGACGUCCGCCGCGCCGCCGCCCGGGGCCCACGCCGUGCCCGCGGCGGCGCUCGCGCGGUCGCGGCUCGGGCUCGCGCUCGGCGCCUACGCCGCGGCCCACGCGGACUUCCUCGGCCUCGGCGGCGCCGCGUCCGCGGCAGUGUCCGCGGCGCGCGCCGCGGACGCGGCGCCGCGCGUCGAGGUCCUGGAGCGCGCCGCGCGGCGGGCCCUGGAGCGGCGCGGCUGCGGCGCCGACUGCGGCCCCGGCGCGAGCCUCGACUCGUGCGACUGGGUCGACGGCUGCGACGCGCGCCUCGCCGCGCUCGAGGACGCCGUCGUCGCGGCCGCCGCGGGCGCGGCCCCGCCGCCCGUCGCGAUGGCGUGGGGCGCGCCGGGGGACGUGGACCGCGGCCACGCGGCCGCCGCGGCCGCCGUCGCGGUCGGCGCGACGCGCGUCGCCGCGACGCUCGCGGCGCCGCCGCCGGCGCCGCCGGCGCCGGAGGCGCCGCCGACGCCGCGCGACGAGGCCGACGCGCUCGCGGCGCUGCUCGCGUGGAUCGACGGCGGGCUCGGGGGCGCCGCGGCCGUCGCCGUGCUCUGGGGCGGCGCGGACGCGGGCGGCGGCGCGGACGCGGGCGGCGCCUGGGCCGCGGCGCGCGACGGCUUCGGCGGCGCCGUCGCGCUCUCGCGCGAGCUCCGGCUCACGGCGGCCGGCGCCGCGGCGCUCGGCGACCACGCCGGGUGCGACGUCGGCGGCGCGCGCGACUUCGUCGUCGAGGCCGCGGUCUUCGAGACGGCCGCGGCGGCCGCGGGCGCGGCGCGCGCGCGCGCGGCCCGGCUCGCGGCGCGCCCGGCGUCCGGCGCCGUCGUGCUCGACCGCGACGCCGCCUACGACCUCGCCGCGUUCGCGUUCAACCGCCACAGCGUCGCGGUCGCGGACUUUGGCGACGCGGCCGCGUGCAAAGCCGCGGCCGCGCGCGUCGCCGCGGCGCUCCCGGGCGGCGGCGCGCCCGGCGGCGCGGCGGCGCGCCGCGUCCUGCGCCGCGCGCUCGUCGCCGGCGCGGCGGCGAACGCGGCGUGGGGCUUCGAGGCCCUCGGCGACGUCGUCUCGCUCGUCGCCGUGCUCGUCGGCGACGGCGGCGCCGACGGCUUCGUCGACGUCGUGAGCGCCGGGCCCUUCGCGGCGCCGCGCGCGCGCGGCCUCGAACACGCGGGCGUCGGCUCGUCCUUCGAGCACCUCGAGAGCUUCGACGUCGCGACGCUCGUCCCCGCGCCGAAAUCGAACGGCGAGCCGGGCGAUCCCGACCAAACUUCGGAACUCUCGAGCCGCGUCGCGUCGAAGCUGGUGCACGACCCGCUCGCGCACGCGAGCCUCUACGGCGCCAAGUUCGCCGCGCCCCAGUUCCUCCUCUUCUACGACGACGCGUCCCAGGCGCGCGGCGAGGCCUUCGCGCGCGACCACGCGGGCGCCUGGGCGCGCCACGCGUGGGACGCGGACCGCGGGCCCUCGUCCUGCGACGCGCGCGGCUCCGGCGACCUCGCCGUGGCCUUCGGCGACGGGCGGGGGGAGGCGCUCCUCUAG